UCCAACCACCACUGGGACCUUCCCAACCACCUCAGGGACCAUGACAACCACCCCAGAGACCAUCACAACCACAUCAGAGACCACCCCGACCUCCUAUGGGACCACCACGACUUCAGGGACCACUCCAACCACCUCAGCGACCUCCACGACCACAUCAGAGACCACACCGACCUCCUCAGGGACCACCACGAGUUCCCCAGACACCUCCACGCCCACCACAGGGACCACCCUGACCUCCUCUGGGAUCACCACAACGACCCCAGGGACCACCACGACCACCUCAGGAACGCCCUCCACCACCUCAGUGACCACACCAACCUCCUCAGGGACCACCACGAGCAUCCCAGACACCUCCACAACCACCUCAGUGACCUCCACGACCUCAGGGACCACCACAAACACCCCAGAGACCACCCCAACCACAUCAGUGACCAUCACGACCACAUCAGAGACCACCCCGACCUCCUCUGGGAUCACCACGACCUCAGGGACCACCACAAGCACCCCAGGGACCACCUCAGCCACAUCAGGGACCACCACGACCAGCACAGAGACCUCCACCACCACCUCAGUGACCUCCACAACCACAUCAGAGACCACCUCCACGCCCACCUCAGGGACCUCAACAACCUCAGGGACCACCACAACGACCUCAGGGGCCUCCACCACCACCUCAAGGACCCCUCCGACCACCUCCACAACGACCUCAGAGACCUCCACAACCACCACAGGGACCUCCACGACCUCAGGGACCACCACAAGCACCCCAGGGACCAUCGUGACCACAUCAGAGACCACCCCGACCUCCUCAGGGACCACCACGACCUUCCCAGGGACCACCACGCCCAUCCCAGAGACCUCCACAACCACCCCAGUGACCACACCAAUCUCCUCAGGGACCUCCACGACCAUCCCAGACACCUCCACGACCACCUCAGGGACCUCCACGACCUCCGGGACCACCACGACCAUUCCAGAGACUUCCACGACCACCUCAGUGACCACCACGACCACCUCAGAGACCACCCGAACCACCUCAGAGACCACAACCACCAUCCUGGGGACCUCCACGAUCACCCCAGAGACCUCCACGCCCACCACAGGGACCUCCACAACCUCAGGGACCACCGCAAACAGCCCAGGGACCACCCCAACCACCGCAGUGACCAUCACAACCACAUCAGAGACCACCCCGACCUCCUCUGGGACCACCACGACCUCAGGGACCACCACGAGCAUCCCAGAGACCUCCACGACCACCACACAGGCCACUCCAACCACCACUGGGACCUUCCCAACCUCCUCAGUGACCUCCGCAACCACAGGGACCUCCACGACCACCUCAGGGACCACCUCCACCAUCCCAGGGACCACCACGACCACCUCAGGGACCACCACGACCACAUCAGUGCCCACACCAACCUCCUCAGAGACCACCACGACCACCUUAGUGACCUCCACACCCACCACAGGGACCACCCUGAUGACGACAUGGACCACCCUGACCACCUCAGAGACCCCCACGACCACCUCAGCGUCCUCCAUAACCACGGACCACUCCACCUACCACUGGGACCUUCCCAACAACCUCAGGGACCACCCUGACCACCUCAGGGACACCCACAACCCCCACAGGGACCAGCCCAACCUCCUCAGGGGCCACCCCGAGCACCUCAGGGACCUCCACCCCAUCAGUGACCAUCACAGCCACAUCAGAAACCACCCUGACCACCUCAGGGACCACCACGACCACCUUAGUGACCUCCACACCCACCACAAGGACCACCCUGAGCACCUCAGAGACCCCCACGACCACCUCAGGGGCCACCUCAGGGACCACCACCAUCACAGGGACCACUCCGACCACCUCAGGGACAUCCACCCCCUCAGUGACCAUCACAGCCCCAUCAGAGACCACCCCAACCUCCUCAGAGACCACCCCAACCUCCUCAGGGACCACCCCAACCUCCUCAGGGACCACCACGACCACAGGGACACCCACGACCACCUCAGGGACCACUCCACCCACCACUGGGACCUUCCCAACAACCUCAGGGACCACCACCACCACCCCAGGGACCACCCCGACCACCUCAGAGACCACCACGACCACCUCAGCGACCUCCAUGACCACCACAUGGACAUCCAUGACCACGACAGGGACCCUGGCCACCUCAGGGACCACCUCAGCCACAUCAGGAACUACCAUGACCAGCACAGAGACCUCCACCACCAACCCAGGGACCACCCCAACCACCUCUUGGACCACCUCAGCCACAUCAGGAAUCACCCCAACCACCUCAGGGACCUCCACGACCACCUUAGUGACCUCCACACCCACUACAGGGACCAUCCUGACGACCACAUGGACCACCCCGACCACCACAGAGACCCCCAUGACCACCUCAGGGACCUCCAUAACCACCUCAGGGGCAACCUCAGGGACCACCACCACCACAGGGACCACCCCGACCACCUCAGGGACAUCCACCCCCUCAGUGACCAUCACAGCCCCAUCAGAGACCACCCCAACCUCCUCAGGGACCACCCCAACCUCCUCAGGGACCACCACCACCAUCCCAGGGACCUCCACGACCACCCCAGAGGCCACCAUGACCACCUCGGGAACCUCCUCCACCCCCUCACUGACCACCACGACCACCCCAGAGUCCACCACGACCUUCCCAGAGGCCUCCACAACCACCUCAGGGACCACCACAGGGACCACUCCCACCCCCUCAGUGACUAUCACAGCCCCAUCAGAGACCACCCCGACCACCUCAGGGACCCCCACCACCACCUCAGGGACCUCCAUAAACACCUCAGGGACCUCCACGACCACCGAACCACCUCAGCCACAUCAGGAACCACCACAACCAGCACAGAGACCUCCACGACCACCCCAGGGACCACCUCGGCCACAUCAACGACCACCUCAGGGACCACCCUGACCACCUCAGAGACCUCCACGACCACCUCAGGGACACCCACAACCCCCACAGGGACCACCCCAACCACCUCAGAGGCCACCUCAGGGACCACCACCACCCCAGGGACCACCCCAACCACAUCAUGGACCACCUCAGCCACAUCAGGAAUCACCCCAACCACCUCAGGGACCUCCACGACCACCACCUCAGAGUCCACCACGACCACCUCAGGGACCACCUCAACCACCACAGCGACCACCCUGACCAGCACAGGGACCACCACGACCACCUCUAAGACUACCACAACCUCCUCUGAGGCCACCACCACCAUCCCAGGGACCUCCACCACCACGUCAGGGGCCACCACAACCACAGGGACCACCACGACCUCAGGGACCACCACAACCACCCCAGGGACCACCAUGACCUCAGGUACCACCACAACCCCCCCAGGGACCACCACGACCUCAGGGACCACCACAACCACACCAGCGACCACCACGACCACCCAGGUGACCCUCACCACACCCACGACCACCAAAGUGACCACCACGACCACCCAGGUGGUGCCAACCCCCACAACCACCUUGGCCACCUCCACGACCACCCUGGUGCCCCCCACCACCACUUCCUCUUGGACCACCGCCGCUCCUCCUUCAGGGCUGUGUGAGAAUGGGGGGACCCCCGGCGGCACCGGCUGUCUCUGCACCCCCUCCUACACCGGUCCGCGCUGCGAGUUCUCCACUGACACCGUGGAGACCAACCUGGCGUUCCCUGGCACCAUCAUGGCCGCCGUGGACAUGGAGGUGACCGUCACCAACUUCAACUACUCCGAGGACCUGAAGGACCCCAGCUCCGAGACCUUCCGCUCCUUCCAGAGCUUCUUCCGGCAGGAGAUCAAGAAGAUCUACGGGACCAUCCCUGGCUAUGAGGGCGUGGAGAUCACCAGCCUCAAGCCCGGCAGCAUCGUGGUGGGCCACCAGGUGUUCUUCACCAUGGCCCAGAGCAGCAACACCACGGAGAAGUUCCAGGAGACCACGGACGGGCUGGUGGAGAACCUGCGGGCCGAGGUGGCCAGCCAGGGCGAGUGCCAGCACAACACCUCCGUGCUGUGCCUGGUGCUGAGAGGCAGCCCCGUGGUCGGCGACAUGAGGGAGGUGCUGGAUCUGGAUGAGCUGUGCCACCAGCGAGCCCCCCCCGGCUACGGUGACUUCUUCUGGCCAGUGCUGACCUCGGGGGUCCUGCACUGCGUCACCUCCUGCACCCCCAACCGGCCCCAGAGCCUGGACUGCCACCACGGCCGCUGCCAGGUCACCCGCCAAGGACCCCGCUGCUUCUGCCCGGACGAGGAUCUGUACUGGUACACGGGGGCGCAGUGCUCGGGCCGGGUCAGCAAGGUGGACACGGGGCUGGGCGUGGCCGUGGCCCUGCUCUUCCUCAUCUGCCUCAUCCUCAUCGUGGUGCUGCUCUGCCGCCGGCACCGGCGCUACCGCAGUGACCUCCCCCCCUAUUUUGGGGGCUCCUGGUACGAGCUGGACGAUUUCACCUGGCCCCCCCCGCGCGGGGCCGUCAUCCCCAACCCGGGGGUCGCCCCCCACCGCCACCCCCAGACCCAAUUUGAGGACCCCGAGACCUGGAGAAGACCCCCGGGACCCCCCCGGGGGGAUCUGGGGGGUCCCAGCGCCUUCAGACCGUCCUUGGAGCGGGUGGAUCCUUUCCUCCAGCUGAGGACCCCGAGGCCGAGGGUCAUCCCUGACCUGUGACCCCCCCGUGGGACCUCCUGGAGCGCCGCGAGGAGACCCCGACCCAAGCGAGGAGACCCCGACCCCAACGAGGGGACCCCGACCACAAUGAGGGGACA